AGUGAAGACGUGAAGAUUGAAGAAACAUUCAGAGACAAACAUGAAGAUUCUGAGGAACAAACAGAGCUGAUGGCACUGAAAGAAGAGAGUGAAGAACUGAAUGAAAUGCAAGAUAAAGAUCAGUGUAAGAAAUACAAGGAUUCCAUAACUGGACAAACAUCAUUUAGUUGCUCAUCUAAAAGAGCUCAAAAGACCGAAACGAGAAGUCAUUUCACCUGCCAACAGUGUGGAAAGAGUUUCAAUCUACAAGGAAACCUUAAAGUCCACAUGAGGAUUCAUACCGGUGAGAAGCCUUUUACCUGCCAGCAGUGUGGAAAUAGUUUCAGUCAAAAAGCAAGCCUUAAAAGCCACAUGAAAGUUCACACUGGAGAGAAACCUUAUACAUGCCCUCAGUGUGGAAAGAGUUUUACACAUAAACAUGCUUUUAAUGCCCACAUGAAAAUUCACACUGGAGAAAAGCCUUUCACCUGCCAGCAGUGUGGAAAAUGUUUCAGUCAAAAAGCAAGCCUUAAAAGCCACAUGAGAGUUCACACUGGAGAGAAACCUUAUACAUGCCCUCAAUGUGGACAUUGUUUUCCACAUAAACAUACUUUUAUUGCCCACAUGAAAAUUCACACUGGAGAAAAGCCUUUCAUCUGCCAACAGUGUGGAAAAUGUUUCACUCACAAAGGAAACCUCAAAAAUCACAUGAAUGUCCACACUGGCGAGAAGCCUUACACAUGCUGUCGAUGUGGAAAAAGUUUUACUCAACGAGGAUGCAUUAACAAGCACAUGAUGAUUCACACUGGAGAGAAGCCUUUCACCUGCCAACAGUGUGGAAGAAGUUUCAAUCAAAAAGGACACUUUAAAUACCACAUGACAAUUCAUACCAGAGAGAAGCAUUAAACCUGCAUCUGGAAAAGAUAAAUGUAAAAAAAGCUUCACAACAAAACCAAACCUUAGGUAUCACAUGAACAGAAGCCAUUUACAUGCAAUCAGUAUGAAAAGAGCUUCAGACAUAAAGUAACAGGCUUCACAAUGGAGAGAGACCUUUCACGUGCAAAAUGUUUCACACAUCAAAAAGACUUUAAACAUCAUUUGCAAACUCAUUCUGGAAAAACAUUGCCGUUCUUCUCAGUGUUACAAGAGGUUUACAAAAAGGAGCUAUUUCAGAAAUGACAGUGCUAGAAGAGAGAUGUGGCCACAAUCAGAUGGCAAAAGCAGGUCAUUUGUAACUUUAAUAAGCAGUUUUUGUGCAAUGGUGGGCAUUAAAUGUUGACUGUAAUUCUUCAAAAAUUACUACAGU